AUGCGGGUAACGGAGACACAUAUUGAUGACGUCCCGUAUCCUGAAUUUCGUACACGCGCGCUCUCUAAACGGCGAGACGCUUUGGCCAGGAACGCCGAAGGCGUUCCUCGUGCCAUUCCUGGCGAGAUGAUAUCACUUUAUCGGUUCUGGUCUCACUUCUUGGCCCGGCAUUUUGAUUUGGAGAUGUUUGAGGAGUUCCGGGCAUAUGCAGUGGCGGACACCACGGGGAAGAUGGGCAGCACUGUCGGGCUUGAAAAUUUGAUUGCUUAUUACGAAACGAUCCUUGAGGCGGGUGACAACUACAGCCACUGGCCUCUGAACAAUUUGGAGUUCCUAUACGGAGAAGCGAAGAAGCUAGCUGCCAGUGCUGGGGCGUUGUGA